AUGCUUAUGCUUUUAAUAUGCUUGUGCUUAUGUUUAUCAACGUUUCCUUUUCCCUCUCCGCCCGAUCCUGUGACUCUCAACUUUAAAUAUCUCUCGCUUUUCACAGCUAUUAAGCCCUUCUACGUACUUGGUGACAGAGCUCAGUAUCCACAAGAACUGAUAGAGAAAUACCUAAAAUCUUUGUCGCAAUAUGCAAAGGGUUACGCUUCUUUAUUUAGUGCAAAUAAACAGGGCUGGGAUGACAUGCUCCCGCUGACAAGUGCCCCGACGAUGCGAGGGCACAUAAGCAGGAUGCUGAUGAUGUCUAUUGCAUAUCAGACAGAGGGGUCUGCUCUUUACAAAGACGAGUCAUGCUUUCACAAGAUUUUAUCAGCAUUUGUUACUCUAUCGCAGCAUUACACGGCAGGAAUACCAUGCACACCGGACGAAUACUUGUGGAGCUUGGUUAUCCCUGAUGAAAUCAUCAAUCUUUUGAUUGUUCUAAACAAUAUUUAUAUACCCACCAACAAUGUCGAAUAUGAAAAAGGUCUCCGCGCGAUCCUACAAGGCUUGUUCACGAUCCCUGCCAAGUCUCAGCUAGUGCAGGAGUGCACAGGAGAUCCCACCGAAUGGUAUGAUGAUACCAGGUGUCCCGUGAGUGCCGUUCUCAUGGAGCUCUGUGCAGCGAAGAUUGUGAUUUUCAGCUCCUUAAUGGUCGGCGACCUCAGCUCCAUGACCAAAUACUACAACAGAGUGAGCGCACUCCUUGAAGCACGUGACCCUGACUACGACGUCGUCCCUCAACCUGUCCUCUAUGACGGGUUCCGCACUGAUGGCACCUUUGUUGAAUAUUAUUCCAGCGUGAUUUUUGGGUCCACCGGGCAAUCGCUGCUCUACCUGCUUUCCUGCAUCCUUGCCCCGGCCAAGCAGAUCGAGGAGGCUCUACUUUCAAACAAGAGCCCGGGCGACGUUGUCAAGAUUACAUCCCAGGUCUCAACCAUUUUGCAGGAGGUUGCCACAUACUUCACUGGCACAAUCCUGCCCUUUGUGGCGAACUGUGGAUUUGUCGACUCCUUGUCUGGAGCAGAGGUGGCAUCAGGGGUUGACAAUCCAUACAAGCGCCUAGGUAAUAUACUCAUUGGACUGUUUCAGAUUGUCUCCGUCGCCAACUCCAGUGGAUACAGCCUCCAUGCAUCCUACGAACGCAUCUACAAGCACUGCAACUACUUCAUACUCAACUGCCCACAACUUAAGGUUCACCUGAUUUCUCACCUAAACUUUCCUACUCUCGGACUGUGGAACAAGGUCACGGGGGUCUUUCUAUCUUCUCCCGCGUACCCUGGCGAACUCAUGGUUGGGCACUAUCCGCUCAUUCACGGAGACCACUAUGCCUACCAGGCAAGGCAUUUCUCCCUGAUAAUCGCCAUGAACUCGUAUCGUACGCGGAACUUUCAGUGCAUUAAUGAUCUCAACAAGCUCGGGUUCUAUCAGGCGGCAGGGGCAGUCUUUCCCUUUGUCAGAGACCACCCGAAGCAAUAUGAGGACUAUGUUCUGCUGGCAUCAUCGCAUGAUUAUGCAGGCAUUAUAUAUGAUUCGGGCUAUCUGCCAGAUUGCUCAUCUCAAUCCCAUCUCUAUGGAACACUUUCACCUGGACGCUUUGUCUCUAGCAUAACAGAUGGCACGCAUGGGAGCGCAACGAUGGAUUACUAUAAUGCCUACUCCAACACCAUCCGUUAUAAGACCAUCUACCUCAUGGAGUCUCUCAGUGAAGGGCUCCAUGUGGCUCAGCUGACUUCCACCAAGACGAGAUCUAUUACCCUAAUAGCAAAUCUGGCUACUAUUCCACUUGGUGAGAAAGAUACGAAAGAAGUGUACGUUGAUGGAAUUAAACAAACUUCCGUCGGGAACUAUUCGUUCUUGCUGGCAAGAAAGAUUCUCUUUAAGAUAACCCCACAUUCUGGCAAAGCAUAUGCUGCAGCUCUUAUUUUCCCUGUAAGCUUAAGCGGAAUCAUUAGUGACAUGGCAGUAAUACGAUCGUACAACUAUGUUGGGGGGAAAGCACAUAUCACAAAAUCCUUCCAUGUCCUUAUUGUCACAACAACCUUACAGAGGGCUUCACCCUCUCCAGGCAGCGGCCAGUGGCAGCCUUUUCAGUCUCUUGUGUAUUCCUACUAUCCCUAUCUUCCUAUAGACACUACAGACGAUCAACUUAAUGGUUUGAUGAAUAGCUACACUCUAUCCUUUGGUGGUGGCUCUCAAGCUGAGCACACAGUCGACGACAAUACUGGAAUGCUUUCCUACACACAGGGAGACAAUAGGAUCAUCGCCCUUAACUUCUAUAGUGCCGGCACAGCCACACUCUAUGGCUCAACUACUAUCCAGUCUAGUGUCAUCUCGCAAGUGCUCUUUGUGCAGGCUCCAGGAAAGUACACCAUCACCGUCAGAAAUCCUGUGUCUUCCACAGCUACCGAAAUCAGACUAGAACUUAACGGCCUUGCAGACAUGGUGAGCGUUCAGCACUGGUGCACCACCGGGGGAUCGACGGGAGCAAACAAUCUGUACGUUGUGGCACGCCUUAGCAGAAUAGCCACGUGUCAAAUAGUUGUCACGCGUGGCGCGUCUCCUGCGCCUCUGCCCUCCAACAUUCCUCCUUCCACAGGUCGCCCGCCGUAUGUGCCACCUUCUGAACCGCUAGAUGACCUGUUGUAUGACACAUCUACCGAUAUAAUCAAGAUACUCACUCCCAAUGGAAAUAGAAUGCGCGAUGAUUGGAUAAUAGCAACCUCUGUUAUAGUUGUCAUCGUAUUCAUGGCAAUCUGCGUAGGAAUUGGUACCUGGAAGUGUAGGGUGAUGCGUAAAGCCUUGAUGCAUGUACACAAUAAGUCGCACAGGUUUGAGCCCAUUAACAUUUCUGAGACCAUUACUCAUCUCAACAAUCAGGCAUCAGAUGUUGAUGUGGCACAAAGUCAGGGAUCUCCUAGAUUCAAUAUCACUAAUAGCCACAUGACUCUUGAAGAGGCUAUACAAAUAUCAAAAGCAAUUGAUGGUUCUAGAAGCUGGACAUUUGAAAGCUCUAGGAGGCAAAAGCUCGAAUGA